CCGUCUGGACCAGCCACCGAGUACCGAGCAGGCGGCUGUCUCUUCCUCUCGGCGCUUCCAGGCCACAAAGGGGGCCUGUGUUGCAGCGCGUCCUCCUUGGAGCUCUUUGGCCCCAGCGGCGGUGUUGCUGCACCGCCGUCUCCAGGAAACGGGACGAGACGUGAGCAGCCGCUCGCACGCCCUCUGCUGCGGACGUCAUCGGCAGGGUCAUCCCAGCCAGACGCAGCCUUCCCCCCUCACCUGGGAGAUCGCGGAGGCAGCCCAUCGCGAGGGAUAUUAG